CUGUAUUUUGUAGUGGAGCAAUGACUCUUUUCUGUUGUUGUUCUUUUUACUCAAGACGACUUUGACUUAAAUACUAUGCAGAGUUGUAAUAAAAAGGAUUGGUCUCAUUUCAGCUUCUUAUUCAUCUGAAAACUCAAUCAUUCAAAAUCUUCAUGGCUUCCUUCAGUUCUUCUUGCAGAAACAAGGAUUCUGAAUCAAUAUUUAACAAUGAUAGUAAUUCAAACUUGAUCUACGAUGUGUUUUUGAGUUUCUGUGACAAUGAUACUGAUAAAUCUUUUGCAUCAUAUCUAUAUACUGCUCUCACAGUAGCUGGAGUUGUUGUUUUCAGGGAUGACAACAACAAGCUUAGAAAUCAUGAUCAGAUAAUAACACCCUCGGUUCUGCAUGCAAUUGAAGGUUCUAGAAUGUCUAUUAUAAUUUUCUCAAGAAAUUAUGCUGAUUCAGCACGGUGCUUGCAUGAGUUGGAGAAAAUAAUGGAGUCUUACAGAACCAUUGGCCAGAUGGUUUUGCCUGUGUUCUAUGAUGUAGAUCCCUCUGAUGCAUGUCAUUAUGAAGGUAUGAUUGGACAAGCUUUUAAAGAUUUUACACAAAAAAUCUGGAAGCAAGAUGAAUCAAGUGAAGGUAGCAAUAUUUCAGGAUUUGUUGUGGAUUCUAGGAACAAAAGUAAAGAUAUAAAGAAUUUAGUUGAACAUGCAGCUCAUUUGCUGGACAAGACAUACCUAUUCGUUGCCGACCAUCCAGUGGGAGUAGAGUCUCGGGUGCAAGAAGUGAUUCAACUACUGAACAACAAACCAUCGGAUCAUACUCUACUUGUAGGGAUAUGGGGGAUGGGAGGGAUAGGUAAAACAACCAUUGCGAAAGGCACUUAUAAUCGAAUGGGGUGCAGUUUUGAGGAUAAGAGCUUCCUCCUAAAUGUUGGACGGGUUUGGAACCAGACUAAUGGCCAAGUUUCCUUACAACAAUGGCUUCUUUCAGAUAUCUACAAAACAACAAAAGUAGAGACAAAGACAUUUGAUUUAGCCAUAAAUAUACUAAAGGAAAGACUUAACAAAAGAAGGAUAUUUCUUGUGCUUGACGAUGUUCGUGGUUUGAACCAAUUCUAUGCUUUGUGUGGAGCUGGUGGCCUUGAAUGGUUUGGUCAAGGAAGUAGAAUUAUUAUCACAACAAGAUAUAGACAUAUACUUCAUCAACUUAACGCUGACCAUGUAUAUGAAAUGAAAGCAAUGGACAAAUAUGAGUCUCUUGAACUUUUUAGUUGGCAUGCAUUCAAGCAACCAAGUCCUAUUGGAGGUUUUGGUUUCUUUUCUAGAGACGCUGUUUUGUGCUCUAGGGGAAUGCCGCUGACUCUUCAAGUUAUUGGAUCCUUUUUGUUUACUAAGGGAUGGAAAAAAUGGAAGAGUGUGUUGAACAAACUCAAAAUCACUCCGGAUGACAUAAUGGGGAUGCUGGGAAUAAGUUUUGGUGGUUUAAUUAAUGAUGAAGUCAAAAAAAUAUUUCUUGACAUAGCUUUGAACUUAAUUGGGAUGGACCAGGAUGAUGUAAUUCAAAUAUUAAAAGCAUCUGGUUAUUCUGCAGAAACUGGAAUUAGAGCCCUUGUACAACAAAGCCUUGUAACUGUAGAUUGCAAGAACAGGAUUGAUAUGCAUGAUUUGGUACUGGAAUUUGGAAGAGAAGUCAUAAGGAAAAAAUCAACGGGUAUGGAUGAGGAAAGGAUCUACGAUGUAUUUUUGAGUUAUAGAGAAGACUGCCGCACAAAAUUUAUUGCACAUAUCUAUACAGCUCUUCAAAAUGCCGGGAUUUAUGUUUUCAGAGAUAAUGAUGAGAUUCAACGAGGAGAUCAAAUAUCAGUCUCACUGUUAGAAGCAAUAAGACAAUCUAGAAUCGCUAUUGUUGUUUUGUCUAGAAAUUAUGCUAGUUCAAGAUGGUGUAUGCUAGAGUUGGAGACCAUCAUGGACAUUGGCAGAACCCAGGGUCUGGUGGUUGUGCCAGUUUUCUAUGAGGUAGAUCCCUCGGAAGUACGACAUCAGACAGGUAAGUUUGGAAAAGCUUUUAAAGAUCUCAUAUCAAGAACCUCAGCGGAUGAAGACAAGAAGACAAAUUGGGAAACAUCACUCCUUGAAGUUGGUGGCAUAGCAGGGGUUGUCAUCAUAAAUUCCAAGAAUGAAAGUGAGGAUAUCACGAAAGUAGUAGACCAUGUUACCAAUUUGCUGGACAGGACAGAUUUAUUCGUUGCAGACCAUCCAGUGGGGGUAGAAUCUCGUGUACAAGAUGUUAUUAAACUGUUGAACAGUCAAGAAUCAAAAGACAGUCUGCUGCUUGGAGUAUGGGGCAUGGGAGGGAUCGGUAAAACAACAAUUGCUAAAGCCGCUUACAAUAAAAUUCGUCGUGAUUUUGAGGCAAAGAGCUUCCUCCUAAAUGUCAGGGAAAUUUGGGAACAAGAUAAUGGCAAAAUUUCUCUACAGCAACGCCUUCUUUCUGAUAUAUACAAAACAACAAAAAUAAAGAUAGAUACGGUUGAAUCAGGAAAAAUGAUAUUACAGGAAAGACUUCGCCAAAAGAAGAUAUUUCUUGUUCUUGACGAUGUGAAUAAAUUGGAUCAAUUGAAUGCUUUGUGCGGAAGUCGCAAAUGGUUUGGUCAAGGAAGUAAAAUAAUCAUCACAACAAGAGAUGAUGAUUUACUUUGUAGACUUAAAGUUGACUGUGUAUAUAGAAUGAAAGAAAUGGACGGCAAUGAAUCUAUCGAGCUUUUUAGUUGGCAUGCAUUCAAGCAGCCAGAUCCUUUUGAAGGUUUUGCUGACCUUUCUAGAGAUGUUGUUAAGUACUCUGGGGGAUUGCCACUAGCUCUUCAAGUCAUCGGGUCCUUUUUGUUGACUAGGAGAAGGAAAAAAGAGUGGAAGAGUGUAAUGGAGAAACUCAAACACAUUCCCAAUGACAAAGUGUUAGAGAAGCUCAGAAUAAGUUUUGAUGGUUUAAGUGAUGAUGACGUGAAAGAGAUAUUCCUUGAUAUUGCUUUUUUCUUUAUUGGAAUGGACCAGGAAGAUGUAACUAAGAUAUUGAAAAACUGUGGACACUAUGCAGAAAUCGGAAUAAGUGUCCUCGUACAACAGAGCCUUGUAACUGUUGAUAGGAAGAACAAGGUUGGAAUGCAUGAUUUGCUAAGAGACAUGGGAAGAGAGAUUGUCCGCAAUAAAUCAACAGAGGCAGGCAAGGAGCCUAGUAGGUUAUGGCGUUGCGAAGAUGUUCAUAAUGUGUUGUCAAAAGAUACUAAAACUAUAGAUGUUAAGGGACUGACUUUAAAGAUGUCAAGAAUGGACUCACCAACUUAUUUAGAAACUAAAGCAUUUGAGAAGAUGGAUAAGCUUAGAUUACUUCAACUUGCUGGCAUACAACUUGAUGGAGAUUACAAGCAUUUUUCAAGAGAUCUUCGAUGGCUUUGUUGGCAUGGAUUUCCUUUAAAAUAUAUACCAGCAGACUUUCAUCAAGGCAGUUUAGUUGCCGCUGACUUAAAAUAUUCCAAUCUGGAACAAGUGUGGAAGUCUCAGUUUCUGAAGGGGCUGAAAAUUCUUAAUCUUAGUCAUUCUCAUAACUUGAGACAAACCCCAGACUUUUCUAACUUGCCAAAUCUUGAAAAGUUAAUACUCAAAGACUGUCCAAGUUUGUCUUCAAUUUCGUCUAAUAUAGAAUAUCUCAGUAAGAUUCUAUUGAUAAAUUUGAAAGACUGUACAGGCCUUCGUAAACUUCCAAGAAGCAUCUAUAAGUUAGAGUCCUUAAAGACUUUCAUAGUGUCUGGAUGUACAAAAAUUGACAAGUUGGAAGAGGAUAUAGAACAAAUGAAAUCUCCCACCCUGGUUGCGGAUAAAACUGCUAUAACAAGAGUGCCCUUUGCAGUACUAAAAUUAAAAAGUAUUGGAUAUAUUUGUUUGUGUGGCCAUGAAGGAUUCUCACGUAAUGUGUUUCCUUCAAUUAUUCAAUCUUGGAUGUCUCCAACAAAUAAUAUCCUAUCCCUAGUUCAUACACCUGCAGGCACAUCAUCUCUUGAGUUCUUAGAUGAGCAAAAUGAUAGUUUCUAUGGUCUACCAUUGAUUUUUAAAGACCUUCAGAUUCUUCAACGUCUUUGGUUGAAAUGUGAGUCAGAAGCUCAACUAAACCAAACUCUAGCAAGUAUUCUGGAUAACUUACCUUCCAAAAGUUUUGAGGAAUUGGAAGCAAUGCAAAACACACCACAAACCUCAAAUGUUAUGACUUCAGCAUCAAUUGAUUGUUGUAUUAAAGUUCAAAUUUCAAGCUCACAAAAUUCCUCGACAUCCCUUUUAAUUCAAAUGGGAAUGAACUGCCAUGUCACUACUACUCUCAGAGAAAGCAUUUUACAGAAAAUGCCUCCCAAAGGGUCUGGUUUUCUCCCCGAUGACAAUUAUCCUGAUUGGCUAACCUUCAACGAUAACGGUUCUUCUGUAACUUUCAAAGUACCUCAAGUGGAUGGACGUAGCUUGAAAACAAUCAUGUGCGUUGUCUAUUCUUCUUCUCCAGAUGAUAUAACAUCAGAAGGCCUUAAAGUUAUGUUGGUGAUAAAUUGCACAAAGAACACCAUUCAGCUCUAUAAGAGAGAUGCAUUAUUGGCCUCCUCUGAUGAAGAGGAGUGGCAGAGAAUAGUAUCAAAUACAGAACCAGGCGACAUAGUGAAAGUUCUUGUUGUUUUUGGACAUGAAUUCAUUGUGAAAAAGACAUCGGUCUACCUUAUCUAUGAUGAACCGAUUGACCAAAAGGCAAAGCACUGCCUUGAGCCAGAUAAGAAUAUCACUUUUUCUAGUGGUGAUGGAAAUAUAUAUGGCAGACUCUUCUUCAGACUUCCUUCCCUUGUUCGAGCCGUUCUGAUUUCACGACCUUUCUGGUUCUUUUUGGGUGUCAUUAUGGUCUGGUGGUCUCGCUACGAUUCUAACAAACGAAGAAGUUUAAGGAAAAGACAUCCGAGAGCUCUUGAGGAUUCUGUUAUCCCUUGUCAAGGAACGAACUUCUUUUGGGUUAUGUACAGCAAGAUUUUAAAAUGCUGUCGUCGUGGCUAUCCAUAAUGUUGAUGAAGUAGUUGCAAUUGCAGUCACAAUAUAGUUGCAGAUAUCUUAAAAACCAUUUAGUUGCGAUUAAAGUUGCAGUUGUUGACUGCAGUUUAGAACUAAGAUGCACAGAUAAAAGUGAAGAGCGUGAAGGAUGGGUUGACGCCAAUCAAGAAGGAAUUGAUUCCAACUAUUUCCUAUUUUUGAAGUCACAGGACUAAGUUGCAAUGCAAGAAGAGCAACAAGCGAAAAUUGAUCAUUAAGACAGGACCAACAUGAAAGGGUAGAAAAAUCAAAUAAUGAAUGUUCUCCCAAGCCAAGUUAAUCACAGAUAAGAGUGUCUUUCUUUGAUCCUCAUUUCAUUUGUGUCGAAAUUAGCGCCGUGCAAAAAAUCCGAUUAUCAGACUUAAAUUCAAAAUCGGAUACAAACUCAUUUUAAAUAUCCGGUUAAAAUAAUACAGUUAUAAUCUGGUUUAUUUAUCAAUCAGUUGGAUACCCACUUUUAUAUUUGGAUUUAGUUUUUAUCCACUCAA